CAGAUAUUAGCGAAGAUGUCGCUGAAUCCAAGUCGACCUUCCUCUUCAGAGUUGGUGGAACUUCAUGUUUUUUAUGUCCCUGAAGGAUCAUGGAACUAUAAAUUAAAUACCAUUUCUAUAGAAGUUGUUAACAAAUUCAUUUCAGCUGGAUUUAUAAGAGUAUCUCCUCAACUUACUUUACAAGCCCUGAGGGAGCGUCUUGGUGAGUUCCUUGGUGAAGAUGCUGUUGCAGAAAAAUUCUUAUUUCUGAAAUGCAUUGGAAAUAAUUUAGCUGUGGUGAAAGAAAAGCAAGAAUCAGAACUGAAACUCAAAUCAUUUGCUCCUCCAUAUGCUCUUCAACCAGAAUUAUAUUUGCUUCCUAUAAUGGACCAUUUAGGAAAUGUUUAUUCAGCAUCAUUAACAGUUACUUUAGAUGAGCAGCAGACUAAUAAUGGUGUCACUGAGGCUGAUGGAACAAUCCACAGACCAGUUAGUUUAACUUUGUCAAAGGAAGAACUUGGAAGAGAUCCCAGUUUGUUACAAAACACUUGGAAAGGGCUUCUUAACAAGAAUCAGGAAGAAGCUGGGGAAAAAGCCACUCCAAAGGAAAGCAAGGCUGCAAAAAAUCAAAUUGGAAAUUCUGAGUUUCCAGGAUCAUUGGAAGAUUCAAAUAAUGACUAUUUUAACAAAAAAAGUCAGUUUCCUUGGAAAAAUGAAGAUGAUGUAGCUAUCAGUAGAAAACAGGACAAUCAGACAGGUGAAAAACAGUACACCACCCUGCCAGAUCUUAUUGAUUUUCCUUCAUAUCCUUGUCAACCUGUUCUUCCUUCAGGAAUAACUGAUAUCCCUUUAUUACAGAUGGAAAGAGAGAAGAUUAUCCAACAAAUGAAACAAGUGAAGGAAGAAAGAAGAUAUCUGGAAAGAAUUAGAGAAGAACUAAUAAAAAAAGUUGAAAAGCUAUUUGAACAAAGCAAAUUGAAGCGAUAUCAGGCCUCUGAUGGUUGGAAGAAAAAAUACUUUGAAACAAAGAAAGUCACAGCAUCAUUGGAGGAGAUUUUAACAAAGCUUCGAGAAGAUUUGGAACUUUACUAUAAAAAAUUGCUCAUGCAACUGGAAGCCAGGGAGAUCAAGAUGAGACCUAAGAAUCUGGCAAACAUCACAGACUCUAAGAAUUAUUUAAUAAUCCAGAUUACUGAGGUACAGCAUGCAAUUGACCAACUUAAGAGAAAAUUGGAUACUGACAAAAUGAAACUCAUAAUAGAAAUUAAGAUGAGAAAACAAGCAGUUUCAGACUUACAAACAUUGAAAGCUGAACUGGCACAGAAGAAAAUUAAUACAUCUCUACGACCUCAAUUAGGGAGCAUUGGCUGCUGCAAUACAUUCUGACCAGACCUGACUUUGUUCAUCAUAAGACAUCACAAAGAGGAAGUCACAAGCAUCUGCAAUUCCAGUAUAAUUAUAGCACCUUCUGUCUAUGUUCUUUGGAGACCAAGCUACAUCAAAGGUUACCUGUGAAGAAAAACAUAUCAGUUUAUGUAACAUGAUCAAAUAUGCAUAUUUAUGUCAGAUUUUUUUUGAUUAUUUAUUUUCUUGCCUCAUACUACCCAAGAAAAAAGAACUGCUUACGGUAUAUGAAUGUAGGGCUCAAUACAUAUGGAACUAGAACAGUUCUAAGAAAUGUAUUUUUUGUCUAUAUUCAACUGACAAGGACAUAUAUUUGGACAUAUAAUGACCAGGAACGGGGCACUAUAUAGAAGACAACAGGUUUUAAAUGCAUAAGUCUUAAGAGGCUAGGCUGAUUGAAAGAAGUAUUAACAACAAUAGGGUAUGGUGGUGCUCCUGAGCAAGUGGAGAGUAAAGGCAUAAAAAAAAUUCAAAUAUAAAAGUUGUGAAAAAUAUUGUGCAGGCUAAAUGUGUCACCUAUUGGCACAACCUGACUGGGUUGUGAGUUUGUCUCCCUGAUUCACAGUUACAUUACAAGGCAGGUUUGGCCCAGUAUUGCAGUUAGAGAAUAAUGUUAUUUUAUGGUCCAUAGGUGUAGAUUAACCAGCUCAAACUGUCGAACAAAUCAUUUAAGUGAUCUUAUUUUAUGGAAAUAUUCAAAUAAAACUUGAGUAAUAGCUUUCAUUUUGAAUGGUGAGCCAGCCCUCAACAAGUCUCUUUAUCUGUUUAUUGCUUUAACCAAGUAUUAAUUAGCUUUAUGUUACUGGUGUACAAAUGUUCUAUAAAACUCAUUAAAGGUUGUUUUUUUCUUAAUUAGGCACCCAAUAAACACUUAUUAAUUACUUAAAAAUUGA